GCAUAUGAAACUCAAGCAACAAAUCAACUCUUCUUUCUCUGUAGUAGCUGCAGUCAAGACUACGUACUUUCUUAUCUUCCUUCAACAACGGCAGCUGCUACAAUGUCUCUCUCUUCCCCUUCUUUUGCCGGAAAGGCAGUAAAGCUCUCACCAUCUUCCUCUGAAAUCACUGGAAAUGGAAAAGUCACCAUGAGGAAGACUGUUACCAAAGCUAAGCCUGUCUCCUCGAGUAGCCCAUGGUACGGUCCUGACCGUGUCAAGUAUUUGGGCCCAUUCUCUGGUGAAUCCCCAAGUUACUUGACUGGUGAAUUUCCUGGUGAUUACGGUUGGGAUACUGCUGGACUUUCAGCCGAUCCGGAAACUUUUGCCAAGAACCGUGAGCUAGAGGUUAUCCACUGCAGAUGGGCCAUGCUUGGAGCUCUUGGUUGUGUCUUUCCUGAGCUCUUGGCCCGUAACGGUGUCAAGUUUGGUGAAGCUGUAUGGUUCAAAGCUGGAUCGCAGAUUUUCAGCGAGGGUGGACUUGACUACUUGGGCAACCCAAGUUUGGUCCACGCACAAAGCAUCUUGGCCAUUUGGGCUUGCCAAGUUGUGUUGAUGGGAGCCGUUGAGGGUUACCGUGUUGCUGGUGGGCCUCUUGGUGAGGUUGUUGACCCACUUUACCCCGGUGGUAGUUUCGACCCAUUGGGCCUUGCAGAUGACCCGGAAGCUUUUGCUGAGCUUAAAGUAAAGGAAAUCAAGAAUGGCAGACUUGCUAUGUUCUCCAUGUUUGGAUUCUUUGUUCAAGCUAUCGUCACUGGGAAGGGUCCAUUGGAGAACCUUGCUGACCAUCUUACCGACCCCGUUAACAAUAAUGCUUGGGCAUAUGCCACAAACUUCGUCCCCGGCAAAUGAAGUUGUUAAAAAAGAGUCUGUUCUAUUGCUUGGUUGUUUGAUUGCUUUGUAAAGUUAUUGUGAAUUACAAGAAAAUGACAAUAUAUGAAAUUUGUUCGGUCUCCAAAAAUUGUUAUUUCUCAGUUCAGUACUUUUCAUAAAUCAAAUACAAGUUACAAGGUGG